AUGGUCCAAGACCUCUUGAACCAUAUGAUCCAGCAGCAGCAACAAGACCAAGCAAACCAUGUAGCAGAGGAUCCAUCCGAUCAGUUUCUCAAACGAGUGAUGUUGUUACGAAACUUAGGAUUUCGUAAGUUUAAAGGAGACCCGAAUGUGGUGUUAGCAGACGCAUGGAUAAAGAACUUGGAGAGUAACUUCGAGAUGACCAAGUGUCCAGAAGAAUUUAAGAGACCGGUAGCAGUUUCCUUCUUGGAAGAAGAUGCUAAGGCAUGGUGGGACAUCGUGGUUUCCCGUUAUCGAUACCAGACCAUAACGUGGGGAAUCUUUAAGCGGGAGUUUGAGUUAAAGUACUUCCCGCCAGAGUCACGUGACCGACUGGAGAGUCAGUUUUUGCAGUUAGAACAAGGUGAAAUGACCGUUCGAGCAUAUGGGAGGAUUUUUACAAGACUUCGAAGGUACUUGUACCAAGGAAAUGAUGACGAGUUAGCAAUGGCCCGGAGAUUCUUUAAUGGACUCAGGCCAGAUAUUAGAGGAAGAUUACACGCUGUAACCUACCGCAGCAUUGCGGAAGUGGAAGAAAGAUCUGUGAGUGUGGAGGAAGCCAUCGAGAUAGAAAAGGAGAUUGCAGCUCGGGAGAAAAAGAAGGAAUCAGUCCAGCAGACUAAGAUUGUGAACACUCCAAAGGUGAAUCAAGUGGCAGGACAAAAUUGGGGCGCAGGCCGCAGGAAGGUUAAGAUGAAUGUUAGCCAAGGAGGCCGUAAUGUGAGUAACAUGGAUCCGAGGGGAUGCUAUGUGUGCGGGCAAGUUGGGCAUUUCGCUCGUGCUUAUCCGACUGUGGAGGAGACAAAGGGGAACAAUCUGUCGACCGUCACAUGUUUCUACUGUGGCGAGUUAGGACAUUAUGCGAACUCAUGUCCAUCGAGGCCGGCCAAACUGAACGCCCAAACUGUGAACCGUGCCCAGGCAGCGAACCAAGUGAAGGAACCCCCUGCAAAGAAGCAAGCAACCCCAGCAAAUGUUUUUGCUUUAGGAGUAGAGCCACCUAAACCUCCACAGGCCGCGAAGGGCCCUAUAACAGGAACAUUACUUGUUGGUGGUAACCCCACACAUGUACUGUUCGAUUCGGGAGCGUCCAAUAGCUUUGUGACUCCCAAAGUGGUUGACAAGUUUGGAGACUUGUGUGAGGAGGAAGAGGUGAAUAUCAAUGUCUACACUGCUGGUAAUCAACCACCGCUGAAGACAAGAAGAUGGGUCAAGGAAGUGUCGAUAGUCUUGAAAGAUACGAACCUCCCAGUAAAUCCAUUGGUGAUGCCAUUGGAUAGGUUCGAUGCUAUUUUGGGUAUGGAUUGGUUAUCCGAACACCAAGCCCAUAUAGACUGCAGCAGGGGUAGAGUUGUAUUUGAAAAUGGAGGGAGGACCCCUCUAGUUUUCAAUGGGAUCAGCCCAAGUAAAACGGCAUACUUCGCAUCGGCAGCAAGGAUUGGAAGAUCGGUUGAAGAGGAUGAAGUCUAUUUAGUCACUCUAACCGCCAUGGGGGGAGAUGACAGAGUAGGCAUGAGAGUUGAGGAUAUUGCCAUAGUCAAGGACUUUGAGGACGUGUUUAGGCCAUUGGAAGGGUUGCUUCCACCUAGGAGCCAUCCUUUUACCAUAAAUUUGGAGCCCGGAGCUACCCCAAUUGCUAAGGCACCGUAUCGCAUGGCACCAGCCGAGUUGGCUGAACUCAAGUCUCAGUUAGAGGACUUGUUGGAGAAGGGUUUCAUACGACCAAGUUCGUCGCCAUGGGGAGCCCCGAUGUUGUUCGUCAAGAAAAAGGACGGAAGCAUGCGGUUAUGUAUUGAUUACCGAGGAAUCAAUAACAUAACAAUAAAGGACAAGUAUCCUUUGCCAAGGAUCGAUGAGCUGUUAGACCAGCUAAGAGGAGCAAGUUGGUUCUCGAAGAUUGAUUUAGCCUCCGGCUAUCAUCAAAUCUCAAUUGCGGAACAAGAUGUGAUGAAGACGGCGUUCCAAACGAGAUAUGGUCAGUAUGAGUUCGUGGUGAUACCGUUUGGACUUACCAAUGCACCAGCGGCAUUCAUGCGAUUGAUGAAUGAGGUUUUCCAUGACUACCUGGAUCGAUUUGUGAUCAUCUUUAUCGAUGACAUCCUGAUAUACUCGCGUAGUGCGGAGGAGCACGCGGAGCAUUUGAAGAAGGUGCUGGAAAGGCUAAGGGAAAUGAAACUAUUUGCAAAGUUUAGCAAGUGCAAGUUUUGGCAGAGGGAAAUUGGAUUUCUAGGACACCGAGUUUCGGAGCAAGGCUAUUACCGGAAGUUCGUGAAGGGGUUUUCGUCCAUCGCGAAACCAUUGACACGGCUUACCGGGAAAGGAGUACCUUUCAUAUGGAGUGAGGAAUUGGAAGAAGCUUUCAGAAAGUUAAAGGGAGCGCUGACGACCGCGCCGGUGUUAGCCCUGCCCGAGCCAAACCAACCGUAUUCUGUGUUUACAGAUGCGUCAAAAGUUGGAGUGGGAUGUGUGUUGAUGCAAGGGGAUAGGGUGAUCGCCUAUGCAUCUAGACAGCUAAGGAAGCAUGAGGAGAACUACCCCACACACGACCUGGAGAUGGCCGCUGUGGUGUUUGCAUCGAGGAUUUGGAGAUCGUACUUGUAUGGAGAAGCUGUUCAGAGGAGAUGGAUGGAGUUCGUAGCCGAUUACGACUUAAGAAUCCAGUAUCACCCAGGCAAAGCAAACGUAGUAGCGGAUGCGCUAAGCCGAAGAAAAGCACAAGUUGAUGUUGAGAAGGACGUGGAGUCUUUAACUGAGGAAUUGAAGAAGGUAAGGCUUUUAGCCUUGGAGGGAGAAUCUAGUGAGCCGUUGGGUUUACAAGCCGUAACUCAAGCGAGCCUACUACAUCGAAUUCGUGAAGAACAACCUAAAGACGAGAACCUGAAGAAGAUCAUCGAAGAGUUGAAAGGGUUAGAAGGACCAAAUGCUAGUGGAUAUCAUCUGGCGGAUGAUGACACUUUACUUCUCAAUGGGAGAGUAGAGCAUCAAGUGCCAGCGGGAUUGCUUCGCAACUUGCCCAUACCGACGUGGAAAUGGGACUCUAUCUCUAUGGAUUUUAUUACCGGCCUACCUAUAAGAAAAGGAAGAAUCAAUGACGCAGUAUGGGUAGUGGUUGACCGUUUAACCAAAGUAGCCCGUUUGGUUCCAGUACGAAGCACAGAUCAAGCGCCAGUCUUGGCAGAGAAGUAUAUAGACGAGAUUCUGAAGUUGCAUGGAGUGCCAGCAAAUAUUGUUUCCGAUCGUGAUCCAAAGUUCGCAUCAAUAUUCUGGCAAGAUUUACAUAGGGCGUUGGGAACAGAUGUUCAUAUGAGCACCUCUUUUCACCCAGAGACUGACGGGCAAACGGAGAGGACAAUUCGCACCAUAGAGGACAUGAUCCGACUAUGUGCGCUAGAACGGUCAUCAGAUUGGGAGAAGAAUUUUCCAUUGGUGGAAUUCGCGUAUAACAAUAGUUAUCACUCGAGUACCGGCAUGUCGCCAUUUGAGGCCAUGUACGGAAGGCCGUGUAGAACGCCUUUAUGUUGGACGGAAGUUGGAGAGCGAACAAGUUUCAAUCACAAGUUGAUUGAUGAGACGACAGAGAAAAUCAAGUUUAUCCGAGAGAGCAUGAAGAAGGCUCAAGAUCGCCAAAAGAAGUACGCAGACCGUAAGAGGCGAGAAGUGGAAUUCGAAGUUGGAGACAUGGUGUAUUUGAAGGUUGUACCACAAAAAGGAAAGGAUCGUUUUGGCAAAGUGGGAAAGUUUGCGGUAAGGUUUAUCGGACCGUACCGGAUUGAGAGAAGAGUUGGCGAGGUAGCCUAUCGGUUAUCAAUGCCCGAGGUUAUGCGAUUGCAUAAAGUCUUCCACGUUUCACAACUACGGAAGCAUGUGCCAGAUCCUAGAAUGAUUGUGCCAGAACCUAUCGAGGAGUUGGAGCCAAAUCUCACAUACCCCGAAGGACCGUUUGGAAUAGGGCAAAGAAGGACUCGGAAGUUGAAGAAUAGAAGUAUCCCUCAAAUCCAAGUAUUCUGGGGAAAACAGAACCGUAAGGUCACCACAUGGGAAGAUGAGGAUAGGAUGCGUGCCAAGUAUCUUCAGUUGUUUGCGGAAGAAGAUGAGGCAGGACCGGUUGGUCACGAAGAGCUCGGAGGUUACUGGGCUCGCUACCCUGGCCGAGGCUAUUUACACGACGGUGUAAUUUUGGCUGAUAUCCAAACGCUUGCCUUUGUGGUGAGAUCUUGUGACAAGAGGUAUGGAGAAACCACAAGCUUAUGUUGCAAUAACAAAAGUUCUGAAACUGGAUCCAGAGAACUAUGGGCAUUGGAAGGUGUCAGUCAAACAGGCUAUUCAAUGCAUGGACAUGGAGACCUGUUCAAUAGUGUCCAGGGAUGUGUGGCUGUGAAAGAAGCUUGGGAUAUCCUCCAAGUUACCUUCGAAGGAACUAGUAAUGUAAAACAGACACGUCUGGACAAUCUGGCAUCAGAUUUUGAGAAUCUAUCCAUAGAAGAGGGUGAAACCAUUGGUAGUUACAGCAGUCAUCUAAGUGUUAUUGCACAGGAGGCGGUUUUCAUGGGCAAGCUGAAUGAGAAGAUUGCUGAGACACAAGAUACUGCAGAUGAGGAAAAAGUUGGGUUAAUUGUGAGGAAUUUCUUUCGGAAGAUGGAGUGUGGUCAGCAUAAAGGUUCCUCAUCUACGGUCAGAAGUGACUUAGAAAAGGACUUUAAGAGGGGUGACAACCAAGAGCGUCAAUGUCUGGAGUGCGAAGGUUACGGACAUCUCAGGGCAGAGUGUCCUAACAACAAGUGCAAAGGUUCAAUGCAGUGCUAUGGGUUCAAAGGAUAUGGACACACCAAGGCUGAAUGUCCUACCAAAGAGAGUAAAUCCAAAUCAUUUGUUGUCUGGAGUGAUAGUGAAUCUGAUGAUGAUGAGCAAGAUGGUGAAGUUCUCAAUAACUAUGUUGCUCUACUGGGAGUCAUUGAGGAAUAUGAAGUGGUAGACCAGGACGUGAAGGAUCAAUCAGCUGUUGUGUCUGAUUCUGAGGAUGACGAUGCAAAUCUGCCAGCUGAGGAACAGGUUACCCUGUUAAUUUCACGUAUAGUUCAAAAAACUCAGGAAUAUGAUGCGUUGCUGGCUGAACAAUUAGAUCUGGUAUCAAGGCUCAACUUGUUGUCUUCAGAACUUGAGGAGGAAAGAACCAAGUCUCAGAGACUUGAGAAGCAACUGCAUGAGUAG